AUGGCGAGCAUCGACUGCAUGCAUUGGGAGUGGAAAAACUGUCCGGUGGUGUGGAAAGGCCAAUUCACAAUUGGUUUCAAAAGCAAACAUCCCUCGAUGAUUCUGGAAGCCAUUGCUGACUACCGUUUACGGAUCUGGCAUGCUGAUUUCGGUAUUGCAGGUUCGAACAACGACAUCAACGUUCUUCAGUCAUCGCCUCUCUUCAAUGAUAAGUACCGAGGGGAGGGAUUAGAAAUCAGAUUUGUAGCCAACGGCACGCAGUACCACAGGGGGUACUAUUUGGCAGAUGGGAUAUACCGUCGUUGGCCUGUAUUCGUGAAGACAGUUCGCCAACCGUUUGGAGCGAAGAAACAAUUUUUUGAGCGAAAACAAGAGGGUGCUAGGAAGGAUGUUGAGCGAGCUUUUGGUGUGCUCCAAGGGCGAUGA